UUCUCGGGAUCUUUCAAAAAGUCCACUGAAAAAAUCUCAGUAAAUAACCACCAUUCAAAUGUAAUCUCAGUAAGCUAAGUUAUAUAUGAUUAUAUAUAAUAUUAUAUAUGAUUACAACAUUGUAGCAAACCGACCGGUACGUCACUCUCGCGGCCGUAUGCCCGCUCGCUAUACAUAGUUAGUAUCUAUGUCCAUCUUUUCAACAGUGUAUAAUCUAUGUUCCGGGCGCUUCCGUUUUGAGUGUGAAUAGCGUGCGCCCGCGUCUAAAUGUAAUUAUUGUUUAAAAUUGAAAAUUGUUUGUGAUAAAGGAAGAUUAAAAUUCGAAAUUCGAUAUUGGUGACUAACCCAUAGUUUUAAAUACCCCUGAGAUCUACCCCUCACUAUAUCUGGCUGCCCAACGUUUCCUAAUUUUUUUCUUGCUUGGACUAACAAAAUGGCGCGCACGCUUUUGUGAAAAAUUUGCUAACUAUUGUAUGCUGUUGGUGCUUAAUUGUAAAGAAUGCCUUUAACUAGAAAUCAAGAUCGCCAGCAACGUCGCGAAGACGACGUUAUUCCUGCUGCAGAUGCAAAUGCCAACGAAAAUCACGAGGAGCAUGAUAGCCCCCAUGAUCGCCCCCACGCCGAAUCACGUAGCAACAAUUCUACGUUCAACUUGGAUGAUGUUUCAGCGUUGAUGGCCUCGCUGCAACGUUCGCAGGCCGAAACAUUUAAGAACAUUAUGUCGUACGUGAUGGAACAAAGAUCGUCGACUCCGGCACCUCCGCCGAUGCCCCCAGUGAACGUAGAUGGUACCUUGGCGCGUUGCAGAGCUUCUUUCAGCGGUGCACCUGGUGAAUCUGUUGAGGCCUUUAUAGAUGCAAUUGAAAGUUAUACAGAAUGCGUUCAAGUAUCUGACGCUAACAUCAUACGAGGCCUAGCCAUGCUUUUGUCUGCUGACGCAGCUACGUGGUGGCUAGGAUUAAAGCAUCACAUCUCCACUUGGAACGAAGCCAAAGAAAAUUUAAUAUAUGCAUAUGGCACCCGCCUUCCACCACAUAGAAUAUAUUUGGAAAUAUUUGCUUCCCCGCAGGAUAACGAAAACACAGACAAGUUUGUUGCUCGUAUUCGUGCGCUUAUGGCAAAGCUACCGCGGGAUGAUAUUACUGAAAAAGUACAACUUGAUAUGAUAUACGGGUUGCUUCAUAAUAGAAUACGCACAAGAUUGCGCCGUGAAGAAAUCACAUCUUUCAAUUCAUUAUUAAACCAUGCUCGGAAUAUAGAAGAUUCGAUAGAGGAGACUCAAUCGAGACCAGUGUCGUCCACUAGUGGUGUGCGUUCGAUCCGUGCCCAGCCGGCCCAGGCUGCGAGUCGGCCUGAACCGUGCGCCGCUCGUGCGAGUGCCCCGGCGCCGCGCGCGCGCUUUCCAAACUCCGCCGCGGCCGUCGUGCCCGCCACCGCUGUGCCUGUCGCUGUCGCCCAGCCUGCCGCUGCCACGCCUGCCGCUGCUGUGCCAGGUUCUGCAGAGCAAUUCGUGACCACGAAGAAACAGCGUCCAGUGUGCUCCUACUGCAAACGGUUUGGACAUGCACGGGAACAGUGCCGUAAGUUAAACAACCGAGGUGAGCAAAGUCAAUCUAACUUUUCCGAGGGUGUGCAAAAUGACAAUAAUGCGUUUUAUAGUGUUCAGUGUAAUGUUAAUAAUACUAACACAAUUAGUUCUAAUUUACCUGUUCAGAAUGCAAUGUAUGAUGUUAAGCAGCAUGACAAAAAUAAUUUUCUGAGUAAUUUUGAAUGUCAAAAUUUUUGUAACCGGGAUGCAAAUAUUAAUUAUGCUACCAUUAACAGAGGCCCUACUUCCAGAAAAUCUUAUUUUCAUGCCUGUAAUGAUUCUGUGUUAAAGAAUAUUAACUGUAAUUGCACUAGUAAUAAUGAGAUGCCAACCUUUUGUGAUUCUCAUGUUUUAUAUAAUCAGGAUGUUCGGACAAAGUGUAAAAAUUUAAAUAUUUGUUAUAACCAGGGAACUAGACCUAAAUGUAAGAACUCAAUUUUACCUUAUAAUCAAAUAAUUGAACCAAAUUGUAAUAAUUUAAAAUUUUCAACUAACCAUGACUGUGACACAAAAGGCAGUAAGUGUAAUUUUGGAAAAAUUAACGAAUGUGUGGAAAUUGAUAAUUGUUUGAAUUUUAAUUAUUGUACAUGUGAGGGAAGUGUUGUAGCGUCCGUGUACGACCGUGAGAGUGAUGAUAGGUAUUUGCAUUUACGACCUAUUUUCAAAAUUCAAGUUCUCGGUAAACAGGGUACUGCACUUAUAGAUACAGCAGCUAAGCAUUGUAUUGCUGGUCACACGCUGUAUGCUCUCCUUCUGCAUAAAGGUCACCCUCUUACUCCCUCCACUAGGCGAGUCAAACUUGCUGAUGGGCAUGUUCGGAAUAUGGAUGUAUUGACAACCAUAUUACCAGUGAGGUUAGAACACAUAGUGAUUGAUAUUCCAUUUAUAAUCUUCCCUGAUUCUAAUGAUAAUGAAACUUUACUGGGUAUUGAUUUUAUUAAUGCUGCCAAAGUUAUUAUUGAUUUUCAUCGUCAUGAAUGGUAUUUUAGUACUGAUGCUAAGGUGCAUUAUAAAUUACUUUUUGAACCUAUGUCUCGUGGUGUGUGCAUAGCUUCUGCUAACAUGCUUCGGGAUGAUGAAGGCAUGCACUUGCAAUCAGCUGAGCGCCAAGCAUUGUCUGAGUUCCUUAUUCGGCAUGAAAGUAUUUUUACAGCAGGGGGAGGUCCGACACCAUUCAUAGAACAUUGCAUAGACACCGGAGAUCACCCCCCGAUAGCUGUGCCGCCCUAUCGCCUUAACCCUUCCAAGAAGGAGACGAUGAAGAAUGAAAUAGAGAAGAUGCUGGCAGAUGACAUCAUUGAAGAGUGCGAAUCCGCCUGGUGCUCUCCUGCAUUGAUGAUACCGAAGUCCAAUGAAGGAUUCCAGCAACACCUACAAGACCUGGAAGCUGUUUUUAGACGUCUGUCUGAAUUUAAACUUCACGUAAACAGAGAGAAGUGCACUUUUGCCAAAGAAAGGGUCCGUUAUCUGGGCCACGUCAUCACUCCAGACGGUGUGUCUCCUGACCCUGAGAAGGUCAGUGCUGUCCUUAAUAUGCUGGAACCAUCUAACCUAAAACAUUUAAAAACUUUUCUCCAAACAUGCUCUUGGUUCAGGAAGUUUAUUCCAAACUUUUCAAAGAUAGCAGAACCGCUUACUCGACUGACCAAGAAGAAUUACACAUGGAGCUGGGGACCUGAACAAACACAGGCAUUUAAAGAAUUGAAGCGUCUGCUGACCACGGCGCCCGUACUUGUUCAAGCGAAUUUUAAACAACCCUUAGUACUGCGUACCGACGCGAGCAACUAUGCACUUGGCGCAGUUUUAGCUCAAGGGGAAGGCAAGGACGAAAGGCCUAUCGAGUAUGCUAGCCGCCUACUCACCGCAGCGGAGCGCAACUACUCUACUACAGAACGGGAAGCGCUUGCUGUAGUCUGGGCCGUGGAGCGUUUCAGGCCAUACCUCGACGGCCAACCAAUUAUUAUAGGCAGUGACCACCAACCCUUGCGUUGGUUGCUUUCUUUAAAGUCUCCUGCUGGUAGGUUGGUCCGUUGGGCGCUUAAACUCCAAGAAUUUGACAUCAGAUUCGAGUACACCCCAGGAAAAGCUAACGUUGUCGCUGACACGUUAAGUAGACCGAUCUGUUCCAACGAAACACAAAAUAACUGCGGCAUCUGUUCUGUCAUUUGCGACCUGCCCACCAAGUCACCUACCCAGUUACGUCAAGACCAGUUGACUGAUCCGGAAAUACAGAAGAUCGUCACAGAACUGGAAGGAGUGGAUGAACUUGCUGCUAAAAGAUGGUCAGAAAGAGGAUUUCUAAUGGAACAAGGUGUUUUAUAUCGACUUAAUCCGGAUUCUGAUGCCGAGGCCCCACAAUUAGUCAUUCCUGCCCAUCAAGUGACCGACGUUCUCAAAGAGCUUCACGAUGCCCCUACCGCUGGACAUGCAGGAAUUGACCGGACUUACCAACAAGUCUCACGUCUGUUCUACUUCACAGGAAUGAGAAGAAUCAUAACCGACUAUGUAAAGGCAUGUGUCCAUUGUCAACGCUAUAAGGCUGCUAAUACCAAGCCUCCAGGUCUAUUGCAGACGCCGGUGAUGAACCAGCGCAACGAGGUCUUGGCAGUUGAUCUUUUCGGCCCGUUGCCACCUGGAAAACAGGGGGAGCGUUGGAUCUUGCUAAUAGAAGAUACUGCUACGAGGUGGACAGAACUUUUCCCAUUGAAGGAAGCUACUGCUGAGGCGUGUGCGUCUCAUAAUACUCCUCAUAGAGGAGUAUUAUGAGAUUUGGUCUUCCACGCCGACUAGUUUCUGAUAAUGGCGUACAAUUUAUUUCGGCAGUCAUGCGUCAAUGCAUGUCCAUCCUGGGGAUAAAGCAAAACCUUAUCCCUCUCUAUCACCCAGAAGCAAACCCCGCCGAACGUAAAAACAGAGAUCUUAAGACUUUAUUAGCACAACUCGUGGAAUAUGACCACACUUCCUGGCCAAACAUGUUACCAGUGAUUCGGUUCGCUCUUAAUAACGCUAAAUGUCGCACCACAGGUAUGUCACCUGCUUACUUAUCAUUUGGCAGAGAGAUGAGGUCCCCCACAGAAGUCACCCAUGACCUUCGUGCUGUUCUAGACAAAGAUAACUUUGUUCCCCAAAUAACUCCCUAUCUCAGGAAAUUUGUUAACUCCCUUUCAGCGGUACGCGAACGUGUAGAGACGCUUCAAGAUAAAGCUAAAGGGUAUGCUGAUCGUUCGAGACGGCCCAUUGAAACAUUCAACGAAGGUGACAUGGUUCUCAUCAAAUCACACGUCCUCAGUAAGAGCGCUAAGGGCCUUACUUCUAAGUUUGUUCCAAAACGCGAUGGUCCGUAUCGCAUCGUUAAAAAGGUCAGCCCUACUACUUACCACGUCGCGCAUGUUGACAAACCUGAUGAAAUUUUAGGGAAAUAUCAUGUGAACGAUCUCACUCUAUACCGUGAGAAUCAGAGUGAUGCUCUUCCGCGGCCGGUGAUGCCUAAAAAGAAACGUGGUCGUCCCCCAAAUAAUGUUAAAACAGAUUCUCGAGUUCCAGGGCAUAUGACGACACGGCAUGCUGAACCAUGUGCUGAAGCUCCACGUCUUUCUCCCGCAGCUGGUGGUAUGGUUGGUCUUGCGCCUGUCCCUCAGCCCAGUAGUGAUGAGAUGCUAGUCCAGGAGCGAGGGCGUCCUCCAGGACUAGAGGGGGAGUAUGUAGCAAACCGACCGGUACGUCACUCUCGCGGCCGUAUGCCCGCUCGCUAUACAUAGUUAGUAUCUAUGUCCAUCUUUUCAACAGUGUAUAAUCUAUGUUCCGGGCGCUUCCGUUUUGAGUGUGAAUAGCGUGCGCCCGCGUCUAAAUGUAAUUAUUGUUUAAAAUUGAAAAUUGUUUGUGAUAAAGGAAGAUUAAAAUUCGAAAUUCGAUAUUGGUGACUAA